AUGGAAACGAUACGAUCUCUUCCCUUGGGCCACGGCGCUCCCUCGGUGCAUCCGUCGGCAGAGGAUCUGGAUGCCGCGCGGCAAUUGAUCUCAUCCGCGCAGGCGGGUCGUGAACAUGUCGCACAGUAUGGUCCUCGCCCUACGCUCAAGGUGUCGGGCUCACCCCCACCUCAAAGUCAAGGCCAGCAGCCCUCUGGACCAGGUCAAUCUCAAUCCAUUGGGGAACGCACAAAUGGCCCUCGGGAACAAACCUCUCCAAAGGCUCAGAAGGAUACAUCGUUUCUGGGUCAUUCCUGCAGCAAUUGCGGAACGCAACACACGCCGCUUUGGCGUCGUUCGCCCACCGGGGCCAUGAUUUGCAAUGCUUGUGGAUUGUACCUCAAAGCUCGCAAUGUAGCUCGUCCGACGAAACGAAAUCGCACGCAAGCUGGGCCAGACGGUGCCGAGAGCAAUGCCGCCCCAGUCGCGCUUCGUCCUGCCGUAUCCGACGUCUCGGAAGGGGGCUGCAAGGGCUCAUGUCCCGGUGGGGGUAGUUGCAAUGGCACGGGUGGUGCCGAAGGCUGUGAUGGUUGUCCGGCAUACAACAAUCGAAUCUACAAGGCUGCUCACCGUGGUUCUGCGUCUGUCAGUCAAGCACCACACAGCCGCGCCCCCGGACAUGAUGUGGAGCCUACAUCAGCCCCCCAUGACCAUGACACCGCGUCACAACUGCCGCCUGCAGAUGCAAGCUCGACUUUAGUGGCGUGCCAGAACUGCGGGACUACUGUCACUCCCCUCUGGCGACGAGAUGAGCAAGGUCAUCCCAUCUGUAAUGCCUGUGGCUUGUACUACAAACUCCACGGCUGCUAUCGUCCAACGACGAUGAAAAAGUCCAUCAUCAAGCGCCGCAAGCGCGUGGUGCCUGCUCUGCGAGACCAAUCCCCUACCGCUACCACCCACUCCUCCAAUGGUUCCUCGGCUUCCCCCGAGGCAUCCCCUGCGACAUUAGCUCACGAUCACCACCGGUACAUGAGCAAUGAACCCAUCGAUGGGCCCCGUCAACUGCCAUUUGCGCCGCCUCCUGUGGACUUCACCGGCUACCACAUCACCUCGACCCCCUUGCUUUCUACCGGACUGCCGAAGCUCCUUCGUCCGGAGCGAUUGGGUCCUUCUCCGGUCCCCCUUCAUGACCGCCGCUCGGCCUCUCCCAAUUCUCUCCCCAGGAAACGAACGCUGGCGGAAACGGUAACGGAAAGUGUCUCGGUUCCUGCCACUCUCGAAUCGGGCUCCAAUCAGCUACCGCCUAUCAUGACUUCGGUCAACCCCUCCCCUCCAGGCCGGCUCAGCUCCAUUUCCUCCAUCCUCAACCAAGCCGAGCCGCGUAGCGAGUCACCUUUGAGCAGAUCGCAAGCAUAUCAGCCCCCUUUGCCGUCUGCACCUUUUUCCCGAACCCAACAAUCUCAUCCUUCACAGUCAUCCCCGGCUCCCAGCACUUCACCUUUCCCCGAUCCCGCUGCUGAACGCCGCGCUCAACUAGAACGUGAAGCUGAACAGAUGCGCGAAGCCUUACGAGCGAAAGAACGAGAACUUGCCGCGAUGGGACGUUGA